AUGUCAGUUCCGCCCUUCACGGUCCGCUCGGUCUUCGAGUAUGCGUCGGGCCACGAUGAUGACCUCAACUUCCCGAUCGGUCAAAUCGUGACCGUCACCGCCCUGGAGGACGACGAUUGGUACUACGGUGAAUACUCAGACGCCCAGGGGGCCAGGCAGGAGGGCAUCUUCCCGAAAAACUUCGUUGAAAAAUAUGAGCCUCCGGCCCCUCCGAGGCCAUCUCGACCCAGGCCCAAAAAGGAGCCCGAGACGGUGCCAGUGGAGUCUCCCGUGGUCGAAAGCAAGCAGGCUGAGCCCGAGCCCGAGCCCGCGGUGCAGCCUACAGAGGAAGAUUAUGGGAUUCAAUCUUCGCAGCCACUGCCCCAGUCCCCUCGUCUACAUGCGAGUGCCCCUGUAGCAGAAGUUGUAUCCUCGCCCCCGCAGCCAGCAAAGGCGCCCGCUCCCGCCCAUCCCGUGGCCCCAACUGAAUCCGCAGCCAAAGCACCCUCAAAACCUGCGCCUCCGGCUGUAGCGGAUAAGCCCUCGGGGUCAUCAUUCAGGGAUCGUAUUGCUGCCUUCAAUAAACCUGCCGCUGCACCGGUUACGCCAUUCAAACCCGGUGGUUCCCAGCCAUCCUUCGUCAAGAAGCCUUUUGUCGCACCACCUCCUAGCCGGGACGCCUAUAAGCCUCCACCAAGGGAACCUGCGCCCAAGAUCUAUAAACGAGAGGAGGAUCCAGAUGUGAAGGAACAAAUUGCCCGCGAGCCUCCGGUUUCUGAAAGCCGGCCUGCCCAUAUUGAAGGUGGCGAGGAGGGAGCAGAGGGCCAGCCUAAGCCAACUAGUCUGAAAGACCGAAUUGCUUUGCUUCAGAAGCAGCAAUUAGAGCAAGCUCAGCGUCAUGCAGAGGCAGCUCAGAAGAAAGAAAAACCCUCUCGCCCUCCCAAGAAGUCGAUGGACGAACCCGUGGCUCCCACAGUCCUCGACGAGGAACAGGAAGCUCCCUCCGUUGAAGAAUCACCGGCUACUCGCGAUACUAGUGUUGAUACAUUGAGGGCUGCGGCCCCUCCUUCACAGCCCCCUGCCCCAUUCUCACCCACCCAGGAAGUCGCGAGUGACGCCAAUGAUGCCGACUACUCCGCUGCUGCAGACUCCGAGGAUGCCGGCGAAACAUCUACCAGUAAGGACGAUGAGGAAGAUCAGGCUCAACCGCGUCCAGUCUCUCGGCGUCAACCGUUGACUCAUGCAGUUGAACAAACUGCCGAGGCAGGUGUUGAAGACGAGGGCGAUGUAGAGGAAGAGGAAGAGGAGGAAAUGGACCCUGAAACCAAGCGCAGAAUGGAGUUGCGUGAGCGAAUGGCCAAGAUGAGCGGAGGAAUGGGCAUGAUGGGUCUCUUCGGCCCGCCUAUCGGAGGUAUGCCAGGUAUGCCAGGUAUGGCUGGUGCCGGUAGUGCUCGCAAGCCCAAGACUCCCGUCGAGUCAGAGAAGCGGCUUGGAGAGCUCGAAUCUGAGCCCACUUCCCCUGCCAAUGCGCCCCCAGUCCCUAUGAUCCCACUUCCUGGGAUGAACGUGGCUAGCAAGCCGGUACCUUCUUAUACUGAGGUGGAGAAGGAAGAGGAGGAGCCUUUGGCAACUCCUCUCACUGAACAACACGCCGCACGCGAGGUGCCAGACGUCGAGGAGGUCAUCCACGAAGGUGCACUGCCUCGUACCUCUAUUGACCGUCCGGCCCCGGCUCCACCAUCUCAAGAUCGUUCCGCGCCUCCUCCGCCUCACCGAGAGUCAAGGCCCGUCCCGACAGUUCCAGUUGAGCCACCGGCUUCACCUCCGCCAGUUCCUGCAGGUCGACCAGCUCCUCCUCUACCACGGCCCACAACUGCCGACAAGGGCGAAGAGUCUGAUGAUGAAUUGUCGGUGCACACAUCUACUCUGUCGUUGAAUAAUUCGCCUGCUCCACCACCCGUGCCUGCACAUGCGGUUCAUGAACAUAUUGACUCUCGCCGAUCCUCAAUAUACGACCCUGUGCCCUCUACGGCUGCGACCCCUGCGGCUGAAAAGAGAGCUAGUCGUCUACCACCCCCUAUUCCAGUCAAUCUGCCGAUGCCACCAUCGGCGCAGGGCCGCGCUCCCCCUCCCCUGCCUUCUGACCAGCUUCGUCGCCGAUCUACCGUCGACAGUCGCACGAGUGCGUUAUCUGCUCCUCGACAGGCUGGAGAAGAAGCGGAAGGAGAGGUGACUGAAUAUGAUGGAGACUACGACACAGAUAUCGCAUCAGGUGUGAAACACAAAGAUGCUCUGAAAGCCCACGAGCGUGAAUCCAGCUUUGACGAGGGUAUUUUCACCGACGACUAUUCCGUCCAGUCUCCACGAAGCCCCCAGGAAUCCCGGCAUCAUCACCUACCUCCUCCACCCACGGCUCCCAGAGCAGUUCCGCCUCCACCGCCAAGCCAGCCGCCCCGGAACGCACGUGCGUCUAUCGACACACCCAGGGGACCGCCGCCCCCUCCGCCGGACAGAGAGCCAAACAGCGAUGAUGAUGUUGAAUAUGACCCUUUCAACUACGCUGCUCCCCGACAUGGUCUCCCCGCGUCUCCACCCGUCCCAGUCGGUCGCCCAGGGCCGCCGCCUCCUUUCCCAACACAAGCGGCCGAUGAAUUUGACGAUCUAUAUGAUGCCCCUCCUGUGCACAGCCCAGUAAGAGAAAGGAGCGAUAAGCGCCUUUCACUGGCGCUUCCCCAAGGCCAGGCUUCGGGCUUGCCAUCCCCAUCCGCAGCCCGAACCCAGCGCGCAUCUGUGGAUAUUCUAAGAAGUCAGCCCAAUCUUCGCCGGUCUAUGGACGUUUCUCGCCCAUCUAUUGACCAAGGCUACAUCGCCACCGAUGUUGAUUUCGCCGCGUAUACCCUCUGGUGGACUAAACCCAAGACACCGCCUCCAGCUUUCCAGAACCGCACUGAUCUGCUUUUCGAGGUCGAGGAGACUGCAUCCACGAACCGCAGUGGCAAAACGACAGUCUCCAAGGACGUCUAUAUCCUAUUCAUCGAUUACUCUCAGACAGUGUUGAAUGUCCAGUUCGAUCCCAAGAACCCCAAGGAUGCUUCCUUCGAGCAGCGCCAUGAACCCCCACCGCUCCCGUCUCGCCAGGAUCAGCUCGAGCAGGCUCACAUUCAGCUUGGAACCCGAAUCUCAGAAGCCGUCAACUCGGUCCAAAACUCUACCGUUGGAGACGGCACUCCGUUCGGAUUGGUCCAGCACCUGCUCAGUCCUCUUUCCGACGCGCUACUUCCGGUGGGGACCCGCGCUUACGGUGCCUCGGUUUAUUCAAACCUGGCCAAUGCCUCCGUGUCUCAGAACGAUGAAAUCCGCGCUGGUGACAUUGUCAGCUUCCGCAAUGCCCGAUUCCAGGGUCACCGCGGUACUAUGCACCAGAAGUACAGCGCCGAGGUUGGAAGACCCGACCACGUCGGCAUCGUGGUCGAUUGGGAUGGCACGAAGAAGAAGAUCCGAGCCUGGGAGCAAGGCCGCGAGAGCAAGAAGGUCAAAAUGGAGAGCUUCAAGCUCAACGACCUCCGUAGUGGUGAAUGCAAGGUUUGGCGAGUGAUGCCCCGUAGCUGGGUGGGCUGGGAAGCCAGUAAGUAA